AUGGACAUUGAAUGCUGUCAGGCUGAAAUCGGGAAACUCAUUCGGGAGAAGACGGAAGAGCUGAACGAUAUUGGCGCCGCAUUGGCGUUUGUACACCACCAUGUUCUUAGCAAGUUGCAAAUCUCUGAGUCGGUGCUACCAGUGCCUGAUGUGUUUUCGCCGUGUGUCAUGCAGCGCGUCUCUGGCCAGCUGUGCCGUUGUCGGGGCAUGAUUCAGGAGGUGGAGCCAAACCUGUCGCUGUAUCGGGCCUCGACUUCAGACUUUUUUGCGGGAGGUGAAGGGGAAAACACGGUGAUGCUAGAGGCCACUCUUCUCUACAUCAUUCCUGUGCCUGGCAAUUCUUACUUUUACCAUGUGCCACCGGAGGCGUUGAGUGAGGAACGAGCUGCCACCUCGAAUCUGCCCGCAGUGGGAUACUGCUCCACCGAUCGCAAGCGUCGGGAGCGGCCAGAUGGGCAACUACAUAGCUCUGACGUGGAACGUGACCCCAAACAGCCUCGUCAGGAGCACUGGGCAUCCCAGUGUGAUGAAGUCUCUCAAUCAAAGUUAAAUAUGCCGCUCUACCGGAAACUCAAUCUCCCGCACCCACCUCUUAGUGGACUUUUGCACACGGCGUGUAUCGUGACGGUUAUUCAACAUUCCGCUGUGGACGGAAAACGGCUACAACUUAACGAUGUAGUGGAUUUUUUUGGCUUUCUGGACGAUGACUCAGCAGCCAUGAACUCUCACAUUUCGGACCCAGCCGACGAGUUUGGGGCUUUUGCCUCCUGGCAUGCAGAGCAACUUUCACCGUCAUUGCUAUCACGAAUGACAUGUAUAUCGUGGAGACAUGUUUUUGUUGCCCCAGCGCGUCCAUUGCCUACAUACUUCUUUGAGAGUAGACGUUCACAGGUUGUGCUUUAUUUGACCAACACGAUUUGUCAAGGCGAUACCCUACUUGCUGAAUACAUUCUUUUGCACCUCUGCGCCCGUGUCAUUACGCAUGAGAGCGCUACACCGAUUGGUGAUAUUCCUCUCCGCGUCGAAGCGCGUGCCAUUGACCCCCAGGUGUGGUCAUCGUUUAUGCGGAAUAUUGCGCCCGUAGGGGAGGUGCUGCUUGACGCAUCGCAGUUGUUGAACACCGAUCUUUGCAUUACUCCUCGACAGGAUCACACGGCGAAUGUGCUUCGUACCGGCACCUUACAGUUGGCUAAUGGGACACACGUUACUUUGGAUUGUCAGGCCGUUACAAAGGCAAGCAGUGAAUUGCAUGACGCUCUUUUCACCGUUAUGCAUAAGCAGGUGCUCCCCCUUGAGUACCCUUAUCAGGUACACGAACUGCCUAUUGACCUCAGCUUUCUUGCUCUUUCUACACUGAGGCUUUCUGAGGAAAUUGAGGCUCUCCAGCUUGCCAUCUCUGUGCUGUGGUUGCCGGACCCACCAACGGCUGCAACGUAUACCACAAAUCUUUUGGCAGAGGAAGUACGAGAUUAUUUUUCACAUGUGCGAUGCAUCCGUCGAGAGUUUGAUGGGGAAGCCUCAUCCCAGGCCCGUCGUUUGGCUGACAAAUUGGUUGCCUUUUCGAAGUCGGAGCCGGCCUGGAAUAAUCGCGAUCCGUUUAUUCAUAACAACUCUUUUUCCAUGGCUGCCGCACUGAUGCGCGCCUGUGCAGCGAGUUUUGGUAGAGAAAGGAUUUCAGAUAACGAUGUUGAGCAUAUCCUUCGUUUUGAAAAGGAGCGUGUGGCACGCUGCUCUGACGCGGGAAGGUGA